AGCAGGCAAAGAUAAAAAUGGAAUUUUUGGUUUUAUUUGGCGGAUAUAUAGUAGUGUUUUCCAUUGUAGCCUCUGUCUGUCUCUGUUACAUCCAGGCGGUGGAUAAAUUGUUGGCACGAACUACAGAGUUUGUGAAAGGAAGACUGUUAGUGUUCACCAAGAGACUACCAUCCCCAGUGCAGCAUGUAGCAUUCAGAACCUACAGCUAUGUAUUUUUGGAAAGAAAUGCCCUGCUGCAGUUGUCCUACAUUUUUCUGGUAGCACUUGGCCAUACUGUGCUUAUUAAAGAUGUCAUACCUCAUCACCAACAGUCACACCAUAAUGACAGUGACAAACAUAACAUCUUACUCAUUCCUGUGGUAUUACUCCUCUCCAACGGAAUCAGUUUUUACUUGGUAUCAAAAUCUGAUCCUGGAGUAAUAACAGAUACAAAUUUGAAAUGUUACUGUGACAGAUAUCAUUACGAUGGAAUAUUGUAUAAACCAAACAAGAAGUGCAUUACCUGUGAUUUUAUUAAACCUGCAAGAUCUAAACAUUGUGCCUACUGUAACAAGUGUAUCUUUCGCUUUGAUCACCAUUGUUUUUGGACCAACCAGUGUAUUGGAGGACUUAACUAUCACUAUUUCUUCGCCUUCCUGGUCUCUGCUACCUUAAUGAGUGCUAAUGCAGUAGUCAUGGGAGUUCAGGCACUGCUAGGGAUCAUAGACAGUCGUGAUAUGUGGAACAUGUUCUUCAUUGAUAAAAGUGGACAAAAGCAGCAGGUCACAGUUAGAAUACUGUGUCAGAAUCUUUUUAUGCAGUAUCCAAGGACAGUUUUUAUGGUGGCAUCUCUCUUUGCAACAAGCGUGUUUCUUCUUGGCUUAACCAGUUACCAUGGAUACCUAAUAUUGACUAAUCAAACCACCAAUGAAAGAUACAAGACAGUUGAAGUGACAGAUAGAAAUUUGAUAAAAUCUAGAAACCAGCCAUACAACAGAGGAGUAUGGUGUAAUUUAACUGAAAUAUUUUGGUCAUCAUAUUCAAGGAAAAGGAGGAAAUUUCGGAAGUGAAGGAAAUAAUAUAAAUGUAUGCAGGAGCAAUCAUUAAGUCACUCUAAUACUUAAGCUUACAGCAACACUUUAUUGAACACUGUGAAACUUACAAUCACGCUCAGCUAAGCUCAAGUUACUGGUUCUUAUUUUUCGCCUCUCCCCACUCCUCCUCAACACCCAGCACCUUUCUCUCUCCUCUGCCUCUUGCCUCAGUUGUCUUUCAAUGAAAUGUCUGCAUGGCCACUGGCACUAAUCCAGAACAAAACUGUCUGCCCGUGGAAAAUACACAAAAGAGUACAAAAAUUGUCUUUUCAACCCCUUCCUUGAACGUAGUUAUCAACACAGCAGCUGUCAUGGCCACCCAUGGCUGGUUUAUACAAAAAAUGGGAGAUCAACUUUAC